AAUGUGGAUGUGACACAGCGCCAACAUCGCGGCAGCGUCUUCCCCAGGAGCAAUGUCCCUGCCGGCUCAGACAUGGUGCUGUGAUCACCACCUGCACUAGGACAGUGCUUGGGGCUCAUCUCCAGCCUCGUGCCUGUGAAGGUGCCGGGACCCUGAGCAGAGCGGAUCAGCAGCCUCCCGAGGAAGACCCUGUGAAGCUGGAGCUGCAGAGACCCUCCCCAGGGAGACGGGGACAGAGCGGCUCCCUGACGCCUGGGCCGGGCCAGCUGCAGGAGGGGCAGGGCAGGCCGGCAAAGCAGGGGCAGAGCAUGGAGCUCCGGGAGGUGUUUGAGGACGUGGCAGUGUAUUUCACACGGGAGGAGUGGGAGCUGCUGGAAGAGGAGGACAAGGGCCUUUACCGGGACCAGAUGCUGAGGAACUACCAAGCCCUCGUUUCCCUGGGUAAAGCUCUGGUUCUUGCCUCUCCCUGGAGCCAUGUGAGCUCUGAAGUAGUGUUGUCUUCUCCCUGGUUUUCAAGCAUCUCAUCCUCAUAA